CCCGCUCCCAGGCCGAGUGCGCGUGCCUGGCCGCGCCCCCUGCCCGGAGGGGUUGGGGGGAAGCUGGGCCUCCCUUCUUGAGGCCGCGCUCCCCCCGGCACGGGCCUCGCACCAGGCGUGGGGGUGGGGCCCGGAGGCGGGGCCGGGGCGGCGGGGCGGGGCUCGCGCCAGUGCCCCCGGCUCCGCUGCAGCUUCGUCCGCAGGUCUCGCGGCAGGCGAGCGGCUUCGUCGCCUCCUCCGGCUCCAUGGCAGCCCCCGGCUCCCCGACUGAGUGCGGCUACAUCCGGACAGUCCUGGGCCAGCAGAUCCUGGGGCAGCUGGACAGCUCCAGCCUGGCUCUGCCUUCCGAGGCCAAGCUGAAGCUGGCGGGGAGCAGCAGCCGCAGUGGCCAGGCGGCCAAGAGCCUGCGGAUCCAGGAGCAGGUGCAGCAGACCCUGGCCCGGAAGGGCCGCAGCUUGGUGGGCAACGGAAAUCUUCACCGAACCAGCAGUGUUCCUGAGUAUGUCUAUAACCUACACUUGGUUGAAAAUGACUUUGCUGUUGGGCGUUCGCCUGGUACUAAAACCUAUGACAUGCUAAAGACAGGUGCCACUGCCACUUACGAAAGUCGCUGGGGGAGAGGAACGGCACAGUACAGUUCACAGAAGUCAGCGGAAGAAAGAUCCUUGAGGCAGCCUCUGAGGAGACUUGAGAUUUCUCCAGACAGCAGCCCUGAGAGGCUUCAUUACUCACAUAGUGAUCACCAGUAUGGCCAGAGAAUCCAGGCUGGGCACACUCUGCGGCACCAAGACAGCAGGAGAUCCACCCUCCUUCUGCCGCCUAGAUAUGCUCGCUCAGAAAUCGUUGGUUUCAGUCACUCCAGGGCCAUGAGCAGACAUCGCCACUAUGACACUUACCACAGACAGUACCAGUACGGGUCUGUGAAUGACACUGUGUUUGACAAUGCUUCUGUCAACCCAGUGGUGCUCACGUACCCCAGGCCUGGGACCAGUCACAGCAUGGGAAACCUCUUGGAGAAGGAGAACUGUCUGACUUUAGGGCCUGCCCCUGGGCACAUGCGGCCACUGGCGCCCCUGCAGGCUGUCAGUCAGAACAGGGCUGCUCAGUCCUGGCAUCAGAGCUCCUUCCGCAGCGCCCGCAUGGUGAGGGAAGCCGGGCCCAGCGUCACCGUGGAUGCAGGUGGGAGGAGGACACACAUGACCGCUGGCCAAGUGGCAGCAGGUGGAAGUGGGAACCUGCUCUUGGAGAGAAGCACUUUCACCGACUCCCAGCUCGGGAAUGCAGACAUGGAGAUGACUCUGGAGCGAGCAGUGAGUAUGCUCGAUGCCGACCGCACACCGCCUCCCAGGAUUUCUGCUGCAGCUACUUUCAUACAGCACGAGUGCUUCCAGAAAUCUGAAGCACGGAAAAGGGUUAAUCAGCUUCGUGGAAUCCCCAAGCUGCUGCAGCUCCUAAAAGUUCAGAAUGAAGAUGUUCAGCGAGCCGUGUGUGGGGCCUUGAGAAACUUGGUAUUUGAAGACAAUGACAACAAGUUGGAGGUAGCUGAACUCAAUGGGGUACCUCGGCUGCUCCAGGUGCUGAAGCAAACCAGAGACUUGGAGACUAAAAAGCAAAUAACAGGUUUGCUGUGGAAUUUGUCAUCGAAUGACAAACUCAAGAAUCUCAUGAUAACAGAAGCCUUGCUUAUCCUGACUGAGAAUAUCAUCAUUCCUUUCUCGGGGUGGCCAGAAGGAGACUACCCCAAAGCAAACGGUUUGCUUGAUUUUGAUAUAUUUUACAACGUCACAGGAUGCUUAAGAAACAUGAGUUCAGCAGGCCCUGAUGGGAGGAAAGUGAUGAGAAGGUGUGACGGACUGAUCGACUCCCUGGUCCAUUAUGUCAGAGGAACCAUUGCAGACUAUCAGCCAGAUGACAAGGCCACGGAGAACUGUGUGUGCAUUCUUCAUAACCUCUCCUACCAGCUGGAGGCAGAGCUCCCAGAUAGAUAUUCGCAGAGUAUCUAUAUUCACAACCGGACCAUGCAGACUGACAACAACAGAAGUAUUGGGUGUUUUGGCAGUCGAAGCAGGAAAAUAAAAGAGCAAUAUCAGGACAUGCCAAUGCCAGAAGAAAAGAGCAACCCGAAGGGUGUGGAAUGGCUGUGGCAUUCCAUCGUGAUACGGAUGUAUUUGUCCUUGAUUGCCAAGAGUGUCCGAAACUACACUCAGGAAGCGUCCUUGGGAGCUCUGCAGAAUCUCACAGCAGGAAGUGGACCAAUGCCGUCGUCAGUAGCUCAGACAGUCGUCCAGAAAGAAAAUGGCCUUCAGCACACCCGCAAGAUGCUGCAUGUCGGUGACCCAAGUGUGAAAAAGACGGCGGUCUCCCUGCUGAGAAAUUUGUCUCGGAAUCUUUCUCUGCAGAAUGAAAUUGCCAAAGAAACCCUACCUGAUUUGGUUUCCAUAAUCCCUGACACAGUCCCGAGUACUGACCUUCUCAUUGAGACUACAGCCUCUGCCUGCUACACUCUGAACAAUAUAACCCAAAAUAGUUACCAGAAUGCGCGGGAUCUUCUAAACACUGGAGGCCUGCAGAAAAUCAUGACCAUCAGCUCAGGCGAUGCUUAUGCCUCCAACAAAGCAAGUAAAGCUGCUUCUGUUCUCCUCUAUUCUCUGUGGACACACACGGAGCUCCAUAAUGCCUACAAGAAGGCUCAGUUUAAGAAGACAGAUUUUGUCAACAGCCGGACUGCCAAAGCCUACCACUCCCUUAAAGACUGAGGAAAACGAAAAAGUGCUCUCAGAAACCUCAGCCUCACCAUUCUCAGCCACAAAAAAGCCCCAAAGGAAAACACCUAUUUUUCUACUUUCCAGCCCAAGAAACCUCAAAAAAGCAUGCCCUGUUUCUUAGCCUUUUCUAUUUCCAAGGUUCCCAGAAUCCAAAAAACAAAUAAGCAGAAUAUAAUUUUAUUAGUCUUCCAGAAAACUUCUGCAAGUUUGCUACCAGUAGAUACUGGCCACAGGCUACUUUUACCCUCCACAGAUUGUGGUCCUUGUGAUCUGGGCUUAUGGUGCAGGGCCUUCCGGAACCAAAAUGUGAAUCCAUGUGGAAUGAACGUUAACAACAAGUAAGGAAGGAGGCGGUUGUAUUACUGGGAUUUUAAAUUGUGAUUUACAUGUAUAUCCCUUUUCUGGUUUCCAUGUUUUGUCACUCAUAUGCACGUUGCUUCGCCAUUGAGCCACGACUGUAUUGUUCUGCAGUGUUGAAACAGAAUGGAAACGACAAGAAAAAUUUGCAGAGUUAUCCAGGAGAAAAUUUAAUGGCAAAAUUAUACGUUUGUUUACUUUGUGCUUGUUUUUAUCCUCUUGAAGUUUUUUUCUCUGAUUUGAAAUGAACUUAAGAAAUUUAGAUCACAGAGCGUGCACUGAAAUAAAGUGAUCAUAGCAAAUUUAAAAAUCUUUUCACAGAGAAAGGCAACUGUGGUUAUGAAAUUCAGUGUCCCCUCUAACACUGUGUAAAUAUGAGUCUUGCUCAAGGAAAUACCUACCCUAUCACAACACUAUGAAAUGCAAAUCUCUCCUGAAUAGUAGGAUUCGGUAUGAUCUAUUGCCUGGACUUUUUCAGCAACUUCAGUGGGCUGGUAGAAAAAUGGACUCUAUACUCUUCAGCUACAGAAGGAACCAAAACCUCUCAAACUGCUGGGUGAACCCAGGGCACUGAAAACACAGCUCAUUUUAAUGAAUUACGUUAUCAAUCAACCCAAAUUUGCCCAACAUUUAAAAAAUAGCACAAAGCCUCUCAAUCUCCUGGGAUCUUCCUCAAGCCAAUAUUUUAAGUCAAGGAAAUUCUAGAGCAAAAAAAUGAAGACAUCAUGUUGAGGAAAAAUAUGUCAAGGCCACCCAGAAAUGAUACGAGAAAUACCAGUGUUGAAAAGUUGACGUCAUCUGUUGAAGCGAAUCUAUAUCAAGUGUUCUUUUAACUGAGCUGUGAUUAAUACCAUUUACAUAAAGUUAGUCUUCUCAACUACAACUGUUAUAUUUUGCUUUUAAAAAAAAAAAAACACCUGACAGUGUUUGCUAUAAAAAAGUAAGAAGGAAAAAAUCCUUCAGCUCCUUUUGGCCAGAAAAGUAUAAUAGAAAAAUAAAUUCCCAUAUUCAAUUUGAAUGUAUAUUUAAGUCUUUAUUUUAUUUAGAAGAUAAAAUUCUUUGAAUUUUAAGAGCUUGUUGGAGAAGACUUUCAUUACUAACCUAGUUCAAAAUGAAAUUAGAUACCAAUUUUUAAAUACUGAAGAGAGAAAUCAUCUCUUUUUAUAGAGUUUUAAUGAAUAACAUUUGGAACAUUUUUAUUCCUCUAGGUAACUGAUGGAUGUUCAAGAAGCUUCUGUGUUUUUUAAGGCAUGAGUAGAGCUUUCAAUAUAAAACACAAAAGGAGGCCAAAAUAAUGUUGCCUGCAUUGGUAUCUGUGUAUAUCUGAUUUAUUUGUGUAUCAUGGUAUAUGUGGUAUGACUGACAUGACUUUUGAAGAUUUGACCUUAUAAACUUCCAUUGCUACAGUUUUAAUAUUUUGUAAUUAUUUCUGUUUCUUCCCUACUUAAAGCCCUAAAUUCUUUCCCAAGAAACACUUCCUGUAAGAAAACUGGAAUUAGCUAAUGACUAAAACAUGUAACAAUGGAGAGACAUACAAAUGUGAUAGAUUUUAGUAAAUUGAGUGGGUCUGUGACCCUGACAAGAUGGGCUGUGUUUGAUCCCCAUGUCCUGCUUUGUUCACUCUGCUUAUCAAAAACCUCACUACAUCACUAUCUGUGGAUGCCUUUGAGGGAGGUCCUUGUGUGGUGGAAUAUCAGUUUUGAUCACAGGUCCACACAAAAAGCUCUUUUUUUUUUUUUAAAUAUGUGUCCCAACCUUCCCCAUGUCAUCAGGGGAAUUGACAGGCUGAGCGGGGCCUUUUUGUGUAUUUGUGCUGAGUUCCAAAGGGCUCCUGCCUUGUUAAGGAUUCUUAAUGGUGUUCUGGCAUAUGCGAGGUCGCUGCCCUGGCUUUCUGUCACUGGAAGCAUUUGUUUAUACCUGAUGGAAAUAACCAAAGGGUUAUCUGGCAAGAUAGGGGGUAACAUGUCAAAUGGGAAAAUAAGCAGCAUGAGUAGAUAAACCAUUUUAAAAUGAAUUUAAUCACCCUCUGAAGAAGCAAUUUCUUAGAAUAAAAAAAGGAAAUAGGAAAUAAAUAUAUUUAAAUAUAUCUUUAUAUACAUAUAAUUUAUUUGUAUUAGAGUUAUAAAUGAAAUUUCCUCUAAAUAAAAUGUGUCAUGAACUUAUUAUGCUUUGGAAUGAGGACGACUUCAGUAUGUUUGUACUUUCAACAAAAUUGCAGAAGCCUCAAAUCACAGGAUCUAAGGAUUAGGGGGGAAUUUAGAGGACAUCUGGUCAAAUCCUCCUUAAAGUAUCGUCUUGCAUCAGAAAAGAUGCAGUUCUUAUUAAAGUAACAGAGGAGAAAAGUAUGCAGUCAUUCGUUCAGCUAACGCUCAGCACGAUCCUGUAAUUCACCCAUUUUGAGAGUCAGUAACUGUUGCACUAAAGCAUUUGUUGUGGAAGAGAAAAUAAAAAAGGAAACAAACUUUUCAAAAUAAAAUCCUGCUUUAGAUUUAAUGUUCUAGUUCAUAGUGGUACUGACAAUUUCAUCUUUUAGGAAAUAAACUUUAACCUUUUAAGGACCGUAAGAGAAAGAAAAACUCUAUGAUAUAAUCAGGAAAAAGAUAUCAAAAUGCUGUACAUUGGUAAAAGAGCUAUUUAAAGUAUGAGUGGAAGGGAAAGCAUUCUGAAGCCAGGGUCUGGGAGACACACGUAAAGAAUCCAGCAAUAGUUAGCCUGGAAGAAAGGUGCCGUGUUACCUGUCUUUAAAUCCUGAAGGACUUGGGGCACCUGCGUGGCUCAGUUGGUUAAGCAUCUGCAUGCAGCUCAGGUCAUGAUCCCAGGACCCUGGAAUCGAGCCUGCAUCGGGCUCCCUGCUCAGCAGGGAGUCUGCCUCUCCCUCUCCCUCUGCCUGCUGCUCCCCCUGCCUGUGCUCUGUCAAAUAAAUAAACAAAAUCUUUAAAAAAAAAGAUAUAUAUAUUUUUAUACAAUAUAUAUAUAUUAUAAAAGAUGACAGACUUAUUCUGAGUAGAGGACAGACCAGGGCCGAUAGGUAGAGACUUGUGAGACUAGCUUUGACUGAACAAUAGUGGACAUAUAUUGAGCAGUCCUCACAGUCUCUUCAUGAAGGAUAUACUUUUUCCUUUUUCUUUCUUUUUUUUACAUUUUACACAUGAAAAUAAUGUGAAGCCAAGAGAGGUCAUGUUCCAAAGGAAUACAGCCAGAAAGUGCAGGGAGGCCAUAGGAGGCCAGAUGGGAAGAUGUGAGGAUCUCUUUGGCUUAUCUCUCUUUGGAGAGUGAAGAGGACUGAUUCUAGAACCAGCCAGUCUGAGCUCCAAGUGUGACUUCUCCAUUGAAUAGCUGGGGUGAGUUUCUUAGUUACUCUGAAUCUCGGCCUUCUUUAUCUGUUAGGUGGGAAUGAUAGUAGUAGUUACUUCAUUGGGUUGUUCUGAGGAUUAAAUGUUUUCUUAAUUGUAAAGCACUUAAAACCUUGCCUGACAGUUUGUACCCAAUAAAUGCUGACUACAUUA